UAGUUUUCCGAAAGAUCCCGCAGUCUCUUUUCAUGAAGAGCCGGGCACAUCAGGUUGCAGACAGUCUUGAAGGCUUUUAUAUAGUGCUUGAAUGAAGACGUGGUACGAUCACUGAUCGCUUAGUUGACAAGCAGCCUCCUCAUUAUUGCUCGAAACUGCCAUUGUCGCAAGUUCAAGUCACAAUCAAAUCCACAUACCUCUGUCUCCACAUGCUCAGGGCAAGGCCUUCGAUGAAGCAGAUCACGUCGGCCAGAGUUGCUGCAUUUGCCGGGAUCGUAGCUUGGAUCGUCAGUUUCAGCACUCCCGCAGCAUCGGCCGCACAGGACAUAGUGGUCGCGCCCUUGGCCCGCGCCGAGACUGCGGCCGCGAAGUCGCAUAUCGGACAGCACCAGGCCUCUACCGAUGAAACUGUCUGCGAUGUUUGCAAGGACGCCGGGCGCGCUUAUUGCAACUGCACUGCAUGAACACCCCUCCCAGUCUUGGUUACUUCACUGGUCUUCAAUUCGAAAAAAUGCCCUCCAAAUAGUUCAUCAAUGAAGGCAUGAGAAAUGAACUGAGG